ACUUUCUACUAUGGAUGUGAGGUGAUCCAGGCCAAGCCAUACGUUGUCAGUUAGGAAACAUGUGGUCUUCAAACGACGGACUGUACAUUUUCCCUACAUUGUGUAUACUGGUCUGUGCAGGCAUUGCCAUUGAAGGAGCAAAUACUGUUAAAGCCAAAGUGCCGGCUCUCUUUACAUUCGGUGACUCCAUUUUUGAUCCAGGCAACAAUGACUUCAUACCCACCGCUGUGAAGGCCAACAAUCCUCCAUACGGCCGAGAUUUCAUGGGUGGCAAGCCUACAGGCCGCUUUUCUAACGGCAAACUCUCACCAGAUUUCAUCUCUGAAGCGCUGGGGCUCAAGGAGACGCUCCCACCAUUUCUAGACCCUCAACUCACUACGCAAGAUCUUCUCACAGGCGUUAGCUUUGCUUCAGCUGGAUCUGGAUUAGACAAUCUCACUGCAGAGCUUGCUAGUGUGAUACCCAUUUGGCAACAAGUGGGAAACUUCAAACAGUAUAAGGCUCACUUGGCAGAUCUGGUGGGAGAGAAAAAUGCAUCGAAUAUAAUUGGGGAAGCCAUAUACUUGAGCGUUACAGGCACUAACGAUUUUGGGGACAAUUAUUUGUUGCUUCCCACCCGAAGAAAUCAGUUCAGCGUUGCACAGUAUAUCGACUUUCUGCAACAGACAUGCACCACUUUCAUAGAGGAUAUGUACAAUCUCGGUGCCCGCAAAUUCGGUGUUUAUGGGUUACCCCCUAUGGGAUGUGUGCCCCUUGAGAAAACAAUAAUGGGACAAUCGGAAUUGAAAGGAUGUAUUGAGGAACUAAACCAAAUCUCUGUUUCUUAUAAUUCAAAACUGAAAUCAGCUUUGAAUAAGCUGAACGCUCGCAUCCCCGGCAUCAAAGUGGUCUACAUUGACAUUUACUACAGCUUCUUGGACAUUGUAAACAAUCCAUCCAAAUAUGGAUUUGAGAAAUCUGACAGGGGAUGUUGUGGCACAGGAUUAGUUGAGAUUGGUCCUACAUGCAACGCUGCUACUCCAGUUACUUGUUCAGAUGCAUCUAAGUCUGUUUUCUGGGACGCCGUUCAUUCUACAGAGAGAACCUAUCAAUUGACGGCCAAUCUCGUGCUACAGAACUAUAUUUCAAAGCUUCUCUGAUUUCAACCAGCGUUUGUGCUUUGGAUUCUAGCUUAAAUGAGUAUUAAUGUAAGGUAGGACCGUAUUUAUCGUCCGCUUUAUGAAAAUAAGUUUAAAAUAUCCAAGCGCUAUUAUUACAGAACUAUGAUAGCGAUUGGCGCUGGCGUUAUUUUAAAUGUUGCUGUCAUCUGCAGCAAGCCUGCUAGUUGGCGCGCAUGGUAACGCAAUUAUGUCAACUCAGGGGUUGCAUACUGAAUACGCAGUCUCUGAUCCUGAAUUUUAAUUAUGUGAUACUACAUAGGUGUUGUACAAGUAUUUAAAAAAUAAUUUAAUAAUUAUUAUUUUAUGAUAUA